UCCACGAGCGAGAGACCAAAAAGCCUCCCACCACCUCUGCGCAUACCCUAUCGGCAACCCCUCUUCGUCGCCGCCGCCACUUCCGUGAAGCCACCGCGGUCGGUGGAGUCCUGGGAGCGGCACCUCCCGGUGACAUUCACCACCUUCUCCUUGCCGCUGCAACAGAGGAAAGAAGAAGAUGUCGUUCUGCCACGCCCGCGACUUCCUGUUCUGCAGCAUGUGCGGAACCCUCCUCUCCUUCGAUUCCCUCCACUUCGCCAGAUGCCCUCUCUGUGGCUUCAAACGCGCCGCCGGGGAUAUUGAAGGGAGAGAAACACGGUACACAGUAACAGCUGAGGAUAUUAGAAGGGAACUGAAGAUUGAACCUUUUGUAAUCCUCGAGAGUGCUCCGGUUGACGACGAAGCAGUCCAAAGAGCAGUUGUUAAUGAAGAAUGCCCGCAGUGCCGUCAUCCUCAACUUGAAUAUUAUACCAAACAGUUACGAUCAGCCGAUGAAGGGCAGACGGUCUUUUACGAGUGUCCGCAAUGCAGACACAAGUUUUCAAUUAACACAUAGGAAAGCAUGUUCACAAAGCUUAAGAUUUUAUUUUGAUGUACUUCAUCUAAAUUUUGAUAUCUCUUGGGUGGAGUCUUUGCUAUGGAGUCCUGAUGAUUCUUUUUCGAUAUAUUCUUUUAGGACAAAGACACUUCUUGGCUUUGUAGUAAGAAUCAUAUACAUCAACUAUCAUCUGAAAGA